CUUCAGACACGUACAGUUCAGUGUUCUCAACAUGCACAGAGCUUUAAUUCCGAUUAUUCUCCUGCUCUUCUGGAUCGAAGGAAUAUCACCAAAUGAAAGUCACAAUGUUCGUCAGACUCCGGCCGAUCUGCUGUGGGACACAAAGUCAAAAGUCAAACUGACCUGCAAACACAGCGUCGACAACUACGACACUGUUUUGUGGUAUCGGCGCUCAGGAGGAGACUCUACUUUAAAGCUGGUCGCUUUCACAAGUUACACAAGCGUUCAAGUUGUUGAGGAGGGCUUUGUGGGCAGCUUUAACGUCAGUGGAGACGGUGAGAAGGAGGCUUUCCUCCAUCUGCUCAAACUGAGGCAUCCUGAAGACAGUGGGCACUAUUUCUGUGCAGCAUACAGUCGCACAGCGAUACAAAGCCCCAGACUCCCCAACAAAAACCCUCCAGCACACCUGCACUGUCUCAGAAAUAGCAGCAGUGAUGCUGUAAAGAGCUCCCGCCAGUCAGACCGAGCUGCACAGCUGCUCUCAGACUCACAGAGAUGGAGGCUGAGAUACGAGACAGCCGGGUGGGGGAAGGAGAAACAGGAGAAGUCAGGUUUUUGUGCUCGUUUUGGAGCUGGAACUAAACUGACCGUGUUGGAUUCAAAGCACACCGUCACCCCACCGACAGUCAGAGUCCUUCCACCUUCACAAAAGGAGUGUCAAAACAACAAAGACAAGAAAAACAAGAAGACAUUGGUGUGUGUGGCCUCUGGUUUCUACCCGGACCAUGUGAGUGUGUUCUGGCAGGUCGACGGGGUGAAUGUCACAGAUGGCGUGGCGACUGACGGCACUGCCCUGUGGGAAGGGGAACAUUACAGCAUCAGCAGCAGGCUGAGGGUCCCGCUCAGUGAUUGGUUCACACCAGGCAGGAGGUUCAGCUGCCGCGUCGGCUUCUUCAAUGGGAGCCAGACUGUGUCCACGUCACACUGGGUCGAAGGUGUUAAAGGACCAGGAGCUGCAGCUAUCAGAGAGAAAUAUUUGAGGGUCGUGCACGCUGCCGUGCUGUCCUACGUUGUUCUGAUCGUCAAGAGCAUCGUCUUUGGAGUCUUUGUGGUGUUUCUGGUGUGGAAGCUUCAGGGCUCAUCUGGAAAACACAAGGACUGAGAGCUGAGCAGCACACACCAGAUUCUUUGACUAUCUGUAAAUGCUUUGCUUCCAGUGCUCAUUCAUCUCGUCAGUCUGCGCAAAUUACAGGGUUCCCACGGUUAUGUAAUUCCUGGAUAAGUUAUUAAAUUAGAAAAGUGUUUUCUAGGCCUGGAAUUUUUUUGGAAAAGUUUGGAAUAAACAUUGUUUUGACUGUAGUUUAAGUAUGUACAUAAAAAAAAUCCCAAAUCCUGUUCAACAUUAAGUGAUAUAUGCUCCUUUUAUUACCAAUUAAUAAUCUAGUGCUGAUACACAGACCAGACCAGCAGUGCAUCAUCGCCAAGGUCACUCCCCCUUUUUGGGAAAGAAAUAUUAUGGAAAAGUUCUAAAAUGAAUAAAAUGUGUGGGAACCCUGUUAGCAUUGAUUUGAUCUCCAUCGCUAACUGAUAUUUUACAUCCUGUCUGUUGGUGUCGGUGUUUGUGAAGUGCUUCAUGCUAAAUAUAAAUCUCAAUAAAAGUUUGUCAGAGGAGACCGACUGUAUGGCAUCGUUAUUCCUCAUUAGAGUCCGUCUAAAGUAAGAUGUUGUUGAUGUUCUCACCUGUCAGAUCACACAGUCUUUUUCCACUGUCGGCAGUUAACGUGCUCGUUGUGUCAGUUUCCAUAAAGACAGGAAGACGCCGCCCACAUAUCUCAGUCUGCGGGUAUUUUUAGCAGCUUGCUUAUCAGUAGUUUUUCUGAGAAUUCAACCUUUUGUCUCUGAUGUGUGUUUUUCAUCUACAACACAAAGUCCUGGCUCAACAAACUGGGUCAUCUGGUCUGCAACAUGAGACCCACCAGGCCGCCGGUGUUCUAGCUAGAAUAAUGAUACUGGUAUCAUACGAAACUAGAAGAACUAGAACACUGAAGGCCUCUACAAGACGGAACAGAGCCACCUCUACAGUAUAUUCUGAGGAGGCUGAGGUCCUUUAACAUCUGCCAGACAAUGCUGAGGAUGUCUCAUGAGCCUUUGGUGUCCUGUUUGCUGUUGGGUGCUGGAGCAGCAGGUUGAAGGCAACCUAGGAAUUGCUGCCAUAUCUUAUGACACAUAAUUGAUCAUGUGAAUGUGCAUCAUAUACUUCAUAUACUUCCAUCAGAAUGUUCUGAGCCCCUGUACACUAGGCUGACCAAACGUCCUCUUUUGCCCAGACAUGUCCACUUUUCACGUCCCGUCCGGGGCGUCCGGGGGGUUUUAUAAACUGAUGAUAAUGUCCGGUUUUCCGUGUGUUUGUGUGUGUGUGUGUGUGUGUGUGUGUGUUAGAGUGCGGCACAGGCAGCAUAUUUCUGUCCGAACCCGAACCCUAAUGACCAAAGCACUGAGUUUGUGUCACACAGUGGUUACAGGCUAUUUAACA